AUGACAGAGAAGCAAAGCCGUAGGGCUUCUCUGUUGGGAUCCCUUCAAGUCCUUCGAAGCAAGACUCGCGGUGGAAAGCACGCUUAUCAGCCACUGGGAAGCGAGAGCGUCAGCGGUCCAAAGGACAAUGGCAGAGGUGGACGCGUCUUCUCGCUUGGCUCAUUCAUUCCUAUCAAGAAAGAAAGCUCAAUCCUGACCUCGCUCAGAGGGAAGAGUCACACCUCUCAGAUACACGAAGCAUGGAAUUCUCAGCGUCAAGUCUCAAUGCCUCUACCUAUUAAGUCCUCCUCAUUUGGCUCUGAAGAUUCGAACGAACCAACAGCCACCAAUGGAAAGACUUACAGAAAGAUCAAGAUAUCGAUCCGCCGUUUGACAGCAAGAGCCAGUCCGUUUUCCUCUCCACUGAGCAGUCAGACGUCUUCUAGAUCCACCAGUUUCACUGGCUCAACUUUGACCUCAUCGUCCGAACACAAGUAUUCGAAGAUUCCGGCGCCCACUGAACCUCCAGCCAAUGGUAUUUACUCUCACGAAGUGUUUCAGAAAGAAGGAAAACGGAGCGUUCUGUCAUCACUGAGCAGGCGUUACAUCAAUCUCAGACGAAACGUGAGCAAGGAUGAAAACAAGUCCAUCUCGAACGUUGGAAAAAAGCACGCAGAAGAUGAAGAGUUUGAUAUUCCUCCUCCUCGGCUGGUCGAAAUAGCUCAAAGUGUUCGAUAUGUUCGACCUACCGAACCUGUUCGAGUUGUCCAAAUCGGUAAACCUGUCCAGGCAGUGCAAGUUACCCAACCUACUCUACGUAUUCAGCCUGCUGUGCCUGUUGAGCUUGCCAAAUCUGCCGAGAUUGUCCGACCUGCUGCUGAAACAGUUCUAGUCUGUAAAAAAUGUCUGGGACAGAAAUCCAAGCAAACCGAGACCGUCAAGCAGCACGCUGAGAUCGCCCUGGACUCGUCAUCGAAGAAAUUUCGCUCAUCAAUCCCCCGAAAGACUUCCUCUUCAGCUUCCCAGCCUGCAUUGAUUCGAUUGACUCCUCCACGCGGUUCUAUACCUGUUCCUGCUAAGCUCAGAUCUCCUGCAAAGCCAUGCGCUCCUGCCUUUCAAGAUGGAAGAAAGGCGUCAGAAGAGCAAGGAACAAACAAGCAUACAAGAGGCAGCACCAUCCCUGUUCCAAACAAUGACGCUGGCCUGAAAGUCAAGAAAGUACGAUUCAGCGAGCCUCUUCCACUCAGACAGCAGACCUUCACCCACCGUCAGUUGUCCGACAACCAGCCCGCCUCCAUAUACAAGAUGACGAAUCGCAUCCCAAGAAGCACGAGCAAUAUGCAGCCGAAGAUACUACGGAUGAGCAGAGGAUUCGCCGACCUGAAGGCUUUUCAGAUUGAAGAAGAGGUCAUUGCACAGCUAGCAUCCGAUGACGACCAAGAGCAGAGCGUUUCCAUCUCAAGCCAACAGUCCGAGCCAACGGCAAAGAUGCCGACGACCAGAAACAAAGAUCGCACUCAGAGAAUGGUACUGCCCAACGAUGAUGAUCACACCAGCAGAAUCCCACGCAACAAGCAGAGAACGCUAACCACGACUACUCCUGCUGGCUUUCAGGUAUCCGAAGCACAACCCCGUCAGUAUUGGCUUGGCCGUUUCAUGACCCUCACCAACGCGUUCCACUACGAGGAUUCUUUCAAUGAGCCCGAUAUCGCCACUGGAUUUGGCAUGCUGUCGAGCUACUCCCGGCCUUUAGCUCAACCCGAUGCGAAUCUUGCGAACUAUCGUGUCAAGCGCGCCUUCAUGGUUCUUGAGAAUGUUUGCGUGACUGAGGAGGCGACUGCUAGUCUGAGAGAGUUCAGAGACGAGUACGUUGCUAUUCAUGGAGAUCGUUGGAUGUUGUGA